GGGCCCGACCCGGGAUGGGGGGGGGGGUGAGGGGGGGGCUGGGAGAGAAUUGAAGUUGUGUUAAAAGGCUUUUAGCCAUCAAGAAGUUAUUAGGCAUUUCUCAGCCGCAAAUUAGGGAUUCUUCAUUAAUACCAACCUCGCCCCCCCACCCCACUCCACCCUAUCCACCCCCCCCCCCCCCCCCCCCCGUUAUGUGAGAGGGAUAGCAUGGGAGACGAUAAAGGGGCUGGGGAGGCGGCAAUGUCUGUCUGCCCAUCGGUGUGAGGAGCAGUGACAGGCGCAAACUUUUUUCCCCGUGCCAUUAAUGAGCCAAUUAAAGAGUUGGGCUCCUCACCCUGGGAGAGCUCUCUGCAGGCUGCCGGGCUCAGGGAUUCAAGAGGCUCCCGGGAGGCUGCCCCCGGCCCGCCGUUUCGGGCCUCGGAUUGACAGCGGACCACGGGAAGAAAUGGGAUUAUGAUGAGUCUCUUCCGAGGAGCUAUGCUGCCUGCCAUGAGUAGGAAAAAGGGCCAGAAAAACCUCGUUUGGUUACUGCCUGGUGCCUCAAGCUUCUAGCUUUUUUUUCCCCUGCAGUUGCUUGGAGUCUCUGAACUGCAUUGGAUAAAUACCUUUCUUAUCCGAUUGACUCUGCUUUCCAGAGAAUAUUGUAUUUUUUUCGUUUUAAGAACACCUCUCUGGUCUUCAAUACUUGUUUGCAUUUUACGCAACCAAGCAGUUUCCCAGAGCAAUGGCCGCGCUCAGAACCUGAUGCUCCGAAGAGAUGAAUUGCAGCUGAGUUUCCCUUCCACCUUUGGAUGAAUCUCAGGAGCUUAAAUUGUAGGAAGGAAGGGGGGAAAAAACCACGAUGAAAGAGAAGUCAAAAAAUGCUGCCCGGACUAGACGGGAGAAAGAAAACAGUGAAUUUUAUGAACUGGCUAAGUUACUACCCCUGCCCUCCGCUAUCACCUCUCAGCUGGACAAAGCAUCUAUAAUCAGGCUCACCACCAGCUACUUAAAAAUGAGGGUGGUUUUUCCAGAAGGACUUGGAGAAGCCUGGGGCCACUCCAGCCGAACCAGCCCACUUGAUAAUGUUGGACGGGAACUGGGAUCCCAUCUUUUGCAGACGUUGGACGGUUUUAUAUUUGUCGUGGCUCCGGAUGGCAAGAUCAUGUACAUCUCGGAGACCGCCUCUGUGCACCUGGGCUUGUCGCAGGUAGAGCUGACCGGCAAUAGCAUUUAUGAGUACAUCCACCCUGCCGACCACGACGAGAUGACGGCGGUGCUCACGGCCCACCAGCCUUACCACUCGCACUUUGUGCAGGAGUACGAGAUCGAGAGGUCCUUUUUCCUGAGGAUGAAGUGCGUCCUGGCCAAGAGGAACGCGGGAUUGACCUGCGGGGGCUACAAGGUCAUUCACUGCAGUGGGUACCUGAAGAUCCGCCAGUACAGCCUGGACAUGUCCCCCUUCGACGGCUGCUACCAAAACGUUGGCUUGGUUGCCGUGGGCCACUCGCUGCCGCCCAGCGCCGUGACGGAGAUCAAGCUCCAUAGCAAUAUGUUCAUGUUUCGGGCCAGCCUAGACAUGAAGCUCAUAUUCUUAGAUUCCAGGGUAGCUGAGCUAACGGGUUACGAGCCCCAGGACUUGAUAGAGAAGACCCUUUACCACCACGUCCAUGGCUGUGACACCUUCCACCUGCGCUGCGCCCAUCACUUGUUGCUGGUGAAAGGGCAAGUGACCACCAAGUACUACCGCUUCUUGGCCAAGCACGGCGGCUGGGUGUGGGUGCAGAGCUACGCCACCAUUGUGCACAACAGCCGCUCCUCCCGCCCUCACUGCAUCGUCAGUGUCAACUACGUCCUCACGGAUACUGAAUAUAAAGGACUACAGCUCUCCCUGGAUCAGGUCACUGCUACCAAGCCGGCAUUCUCAUACGCAAAUUCAACUCCAACCAUAACGGAUAAUAGAAAGGGAAGCAAAUCUCGCCUCUCGAGCACAAAGUCAAAAUCAAGGACAUCACCAUACCCACAGUAUUCUGGAUUUCACACUGAGAGAUCUGAGUCUGACCAUGAGAGCCAGUGGGGUGGAAGCCCCCUGACAGACACAGCUUCUCCCCAGCUACUGGAGCCCUCAGACAGACCGAGCUCCCAGCACCAUGAUGUCUCCUGUGCCUACAGACAGUACUCAGACCGCAGUGCUCUCUGCUAUGGUUUUGCACUUGACCACUCCCGGCUGACUGAUGACAGACAUUUCCAUACUCAGGCCUGUGAAGGAGGCAGAUGUGAAGCUGGCCGGUAUUUCCUUGGCACGCCGCAGCCAGGAAGGGAGAGCUGGUGGGGUUCUCGUUCAGCAUUGCCUCUGACUAAGUCAUCCCCUGAGAGCAGAGAAGCGUAUGAAAACAGUAUGCCCCACAUAACAUCAGUGCACAGGAUUCAUGGGAGAGGACAUUGGGAUGAGGACAGCGUCGUCAGCUCACCUGAUCCUGGCUCUGCCAGUGAAUCAGGUGACCGGUACCGUUCUGAGCAAUAUCAGAGCAGUCCACAUGAGCCCAGCAAAAUUGAAACUCUAAUAAGAGCCACCCAGCAAAUGAUUAAAGAGGAAGAAAACAGACUACAGCUGCGGAAAACAACCCCUGAUCCAUUGGUCUCCAUUAAUGGCACAGGGAAGAAGCAUACUAUAUGUUUUGCAAACUACCCUCAGCAGCAAUUGGCAGCAGAUGUCUGCCGUGUCCCGACAGUUGCCAACACUCCCCCCUGUGAACACAUCCAGCAGCGAGAUGGGAAGAUUAUGAGCCCACAUGAAAAUGACUAUGACAACAGCCCCACGACUCUGUCUAGGAUAAGCAGCCCCAAUUCUGAUCGAAUAUCAAAAUCUAGUUUGGUACUAUCUAAAGAUUACCUGCAUUCAGAUAUGUCCCCUCAUCAAACCCCAGGGGACCAUCCAUCAGCCUCUCCAAAUUAUUACAGCUCCCAUAGGCAGUACUUUGAUAAGCAUGCUUACACGUUAACUGGCUAUGCCCUGGAGCAUCUAUAUGACACUGAAACCAUUAGAAACUAUUCACUAGGCUGUAAUGGAUCACAUUUUGAUGUGACUUCUCACUUAAGGAUGCAGCAAGAUCCAGCACAAGGCCACAAGGGAACAUCUGUUAUAAUAACCAAUGGAAGCUGACAAUUUUUUUUAAAAGUUUUUGUGCUUUACAAAAUAACCUUUGAGAUCCAA